AUGGGAGAUUUUUUAAAGGGACUAUUACUAUCGGUCCUAUCCGAAAAAUGUUAUAGCGAAUAUUUUGUGAAGUAUAACUUUUUGGAUGAACCAUGUUUUAAAAGUACCCUGAGCAAGGGUCUUGGGAUUGGUAUCAUUGCUGGAUCGAUUUUGGUGAAAGUUCCCCAAAUUCUCAAAAUCCUUGGCAGCAAGAGCGCUAAGGGGAUCAACAUUUAUGGAGUGUAUUUGGAACUUUUUGCUAUAACUGCGAAUUUCACUUACAGCUAUGUUAUGAAAUUUCCAUUCAGUGCAUGGGGCGAAGGAACAUUUCUAGCUCUCCAAACAGCAAUUAUUGCAGCACUGGUAUUGCAUUAUGGAGGGUCUCCAAUGCAAGCUGGAAUAUUCCUCUCUGCAUACCCCGCUUUAGUUUCAACACUGGUUAGUGGGUUCACCCCAGUCAAUGUCUUGUGGAAUAUGCAAGCAGUUAAUGUUCCUAUUAUAGUGGUAGCAAAGGCAAUUCAAGUGAUAACCAACUACAGGAACGGUAGUACCGGACAGUUAUCUGCUGUAACUUGUUUCCUGCUAUUUGCUGGCAGUGUUGCAAGAAUAUUCACCUCCAUUCAGGAAACAGGGGACCAAAUCAUCAUAUUAACAUAUUGUGUGUCGACUGUGGCUAAUGGGGCAUUAGUAUUCCAACUAUUUUGGUAUUGGAAUGCUGAUAAAUCAACAUCUUCUAAGAAUAAGAACAAAAAGAAGAAACGCACAUAA